AGAGGGAUCGAAAUCAGGCUUGUUCCAAAGGCUUUGGUGAGAGAGACUGAUGGAAGAUAGGAUAAGCCAGUUACCAGAUCCUUUGAUCUGUCAGAUUCUUUCUCAUCUUCCUACAGAGGACAUUGUUAAGACAAGCGUAUUGUCCACCAGAUGGACAACUCUCUGGCUUUGGGUUACUUGUUUGGAACUGAAUCCCCGAGAAUUCCCAGAUUUCGGUUCCUUUGUGAAGUUUGGUGAUAGGUUUUUCGAUUCCAACAGGGUCUCAUCCAUAGAAAAUCUGAAGCUGUCGUUUUUAAUCAAUUAUAGUGUUGAUGAUGCCUCUCGUUUCACGUCAUGGAUUGAUGCUGCUGUUAAGCGUAAGGUCCAACAUCUACAUGUUCAUUUUCUUCCAGAUGGUGGUCUUUCUAUGAUCCGCAAAAGCCUUUAUAUUUGUAAGACACUGGUAUCCUUAAAAAUUCGUCUGGUGGCUUUGCCUAAUGCCGUGUUUGUUUCCCUACCUUGUCUGAAAAUCAUGCAUUUAGGACAUAUUACAUAUCCCAAUGAGUCCACUUUUGAGAGACUUGUCUCAUCCUGCUCUGUCCUGGAGGAGUUAGAGAUACAAGGAAGUUUUGAUUCUAAUGCAAACGUCUUUCGGGUGAUCUCUAAGUCAUUGAAGAAGCUCAGUAUAGAACUAAUGUUUUGUCUACGUGCCCCUGGUUCGGGGUUUGUUAUCGAUGCUCCUCGACUACACUCUUUGAGCAUUGAUGAUAACCUUCCAGAAAGCUUUAUAAUAACCAAUAUGGAUUCCAAUGUCAAGGUAGUUCUCUGCUUUCUUUUGGGGGUUUCUGAUGAAGCAAGUAUUUCAUCACAGCAGAGACAUAGAUUGCGCAGUUUUCUCCCCCUGAUUUCAAAAGUGAAAGAUAUGUUCAUACAACUAGAAACUUUCCAGGUUUCUCCUCUAUGA